UGGAAGCGAAGUGUCGUCGUGGCCGGGCACGUGGAUUUUUGGCUGCUAAUUUCGAGAAAUUGUCCAAAUUUUAGGAAGGAAGAAGCCGCUGUUCUUUACUGGAACAUCAAGAUGGACGUGAAAAAGGAGGAGUGUGAGGUUGACACAAAUACAAUGGAGUUAAGGACUGUCAGUAUUAAGGAAGAGGACUGUGAAGGGGAGCCUUUCGACCCUAACCAGGAGAACCUCUGCAUUAAGGACGAGGAUUAUGAACUGGUAACUGUGGGCAUUAAAGAAGAGGCUGAAGAGAUGUCUUUCAGCAUCGAGAUGCACAGACAUAAAAUUCUGCAGUGUGGCGACGUCAAGACGAGGUCUGAAUCAUUACAGUCUGACGUAAACCGGACUGAGGAAAUUUCAUGUGUUAGAACUCGGGAAGAUCAACCGACACAUUGUUCUGAAAUAAGAGUCAAACGUCACUGCUGUUUUGAAUGUGGCAAACAAUUUUCAAAAAAGUGUAAUCUUCAGAUCCACACAAGGAUUCACACUGGGGAAAAGCCAUAUCGCUGUUUGGAAUGUGACAAACGAUUCUGUAGCAGUAGUGAUCUUCGGAAGCACACCAAAACACACACUGGAGAGAAGCCAUAUUGUUGUUCUGAAUGUGGCAAACAGUUUCUGAAAAGGAGCAAUCUUCAGACCCAUACAAGAAUUCAUACUGGAGAGAAGCCAUUUUGCUGUUCGGAAUGUGACAAACAAUUCUGUGACAGCAGUUCUCUUAAGAAACACACAAGGAUUCACACUGGAGAGAAGCCAUUUUGCUGUUCAGAAUGUGACAAACGAUUCCGUAGCAGUAGUGAUCUUCGGAAACACAACAGAAUUCACACCAGGACUCCCUCACUGCUUGUAACAAAGUCCAAGCUAAAAAUCAAUUUGCAGUUUCUAUCUUCUCCAACGGUUUUGGAAUAACCAACUGGCUGAAAAAUGAUCUUUAUAAAGUAGACAACAAGGUGAGAAAACUGCUGCUUGCCUAGUUACAAUUUUACCAGAACUGCUGUAUUCUGAGGGAUUAUAUCCCAACAUCAGAAACUGAAAUUGACUACACUUCUAGGUUAGCAAACUGGACUACAGACUUCCUUAUUAAACUCUAAGGAACCACAUGUAGAAAAAGUGUUUACCCACAAAUCAAGUAAACCGAAGACGAGCUCCAUAUUCAAACUUACUCAUCUGCUUUGACAAAAUGAAUGACAGAAAGUCAACCAGUUUGUGUACAGAUGGUUGCUACAUAGUAGGAACAAGAGUUUAAAAAAUUAAACCACUGGAAGAGAAGAAACAAUUGACAAGACCAUAAACAUAGUGUUAAAGAUGCAGCCCUUUUGGAAUAGCCUCAUGUGGACAAGGAACUUAACCCCUUAUGAACAUUCCAUGAGUAACUAUGACUAAAAGUAAACAUCUAAUCAUGUCCACACAAGACAGUGGUGACCUGCUCACAAUGCUUACUGUUAACCUAUGGAAGUAAGAAAUAAAGUAGUACAACUGAACUGUCCUGAACCAAGAGUGACGGUUCCCUCCUGUCUUAAUAGUAAGCACACCAAGAGAAUUUGGAGAAGUUAACUGGAGAGGAGCACAUUGCUGUUUGGAAUGUGACUGAGUUUCCACACAAGUGCACUCUUCAGAGUCAUGAAAGGAUCAAGUGUAUCAUGAGUAAGAUAUUAAGAGGACCAGAUGCCAGUCCUAGUGGUCAAUUGAAGAUAAAGAGGACAUCGUGUACUGUUAUAUCAAUGGAACUGAUCCCAAAUUCCUAACUUAAGAAUAUACCAGGGUGGCUUGCUCACAACAGGGAUUUCCAAAUUGGAUAACUAACCCAAAUUUACUGUCUCCAAUUGUAGUAAUUAGAAAUUUGAAGAAAACCCCAAAGAACAGCGAAAAAACAAAUAUGGAAAAAAGCAGCAUUUACUUUACCACCGUGAAGGUAGCAGCAUCCAAACUGAAUAUAUUUUUAAAGAAAAAUGCUGAUAUUUUCACAAACAGAUUAAAACGUAAGGCUCAAAUCCAAAAAUAUGUGACUAGAAAAUUAUCACCUGGAAGUGAAAUGUCCUUAAACGCAACCUUUUUUUUUCAGCUAGGAAAAUACAAACAAUAAAUGGAGGAGUUAAAUGCAGGAAUGGAAGUACCGUAGACCGAAAGUGACAAAAAAAGUUUAUAAAAAAAAAAAAUAAAAAAUCAUUGGAAGAUCAGCCCAAUGGUCAAUGUAGAAGAGCAACCAGAAUGACAAAAGCCAAUAAGACUAUCAAUAGUCCCCCCCACACCCCCAUAUCUAAAAGGGAAGAAACUAACUAAAGAGAGCGUCCCAAGAAGAGCAGACAGAGGACUAGGAAAUGAAAGAAGAGCUCUUGGACUACAUCAACAAAUGUGCAGAAGAGACAAGUGACUAAGAAUACCAUUAAGUAGAUCCAAACGCAGGGUUUACAAAUAAGGUGGAGAAGUUCAGAACUGAGGGAGAAAAACAAUUAACAACAUUGAACAGACAGAAGCAGAGAGCAGCCUGCAGUGUGCAGCAAAACUCAGCAAAACUCGGCACCUUUAAAGUAACAGCGUAGAAGUAAAUCAAAUGAAGGAAACCUAGACAAAGUUGAACUUCACCCUGGAUGACAUGGAAAUCAAAUAAUAAUAACGAUUCUGCAUGGUGUGUGGCAUUGAGAAAAGCAUAAAUGGAAGAUGUGAGAUUGUAAAGCAUAACUACAAAGAGGGAAAUUACAAAACGGGAUGUAAACAUGUGAGGACUUGAACUUCACCUUGGGGAAAAAAUGAAGAGUUCAGGCAGAAGCACAGAAGUGAAGAAGGUACAAACAAAAAGCUUACAGAACAGACCACUCUGGGGGAAUCCCAAAAAGUGCUAUAGGAGGUUCAGGGAAGGAACUUCACCACCAGGCAACAGAAACUGAAAUAUUUUUGAGAAAAGAUGAGGAUGCUCAAGAACGCCACAAAGAAGCAACAUGGAUGAGAAAAGAUGGAAAAAGAAAACAUUCAAUUGAAAGAAGUUAAUUGGCUUGGGGUAACAUCAAAGGACGCGGAAAUCAAUUAGGAGCUCCUGCUCACUAAAAUCAACUGGGUGCAUGUUAUACCCGACUUCUUAUUUAAGUACUUAACAUUCCAACACUAGUUUAUGGACGAGUGUAAUAGUAAGUCAGGGUGUACAAACAAAAGGAGAAUAAAAAGGUCAUAUUGAAGAAAAGAACUACUAUUGUUAAAAGAAAUAAUCACCCGGUGCCGUAAGAGAGGCAAAAACCUGAAUGUGGCCUGGAUUGAGUAUAAAAACGUCUGUGGGUGCAUGCCACACAGCGGGACCCUGAAUUCAUUCUUCUUCUUCUUUCGACUGCUCCCAUUAGAGGUUGCCACAGCGGAUCAUCUUCUUCCAUGACUUUCUGU